UGUUGGUGUAACUGUAUAAAUAUACCAACAUAUCAAUAUAUACAGUCAUCGCCUACAACACUGAAGCUUGAACAAUGAACAGACAUCAAGAGCACCAGCUACCGUUAUAAAGGCAGAAGCUCCUCACGUCACUGUCCAUAAUCAGCUGAUGAGAUCCAUGACCCGCGGCCCAUAAGUUUACAACUGUGCCUUCCUCAAGUUCCUUUGAAAAACUGUUACGCUUGUGAUACGCUCACAGGUGAAGUCUCCGCCAGCAGGGGUCACAAAGGCUCAGCGCCGCCACACAACAUCAAGACAAAGGCCAAGACACCGAAACCGAAAAGACACGCCAGAUUAACCGAGAAAAGUGUGAAGAAGAAUCCCGUUAGGACAUCACAGGAGCAGCAAUAACAAGAUGUUUGAGGCAGUGAAGAAUAUUUUGGGCGAUUUAGAAGUUGACAGUAGUGGGUUUCUUCUUGUGUCUGGAACAGCCACAACCUCACCUAGCCCUCUGGUGACCCAUCUUAUGACCACAAGUCUGGCCUCUAACCAGAAAGUGUGUCUUGUUCUUCUACAUAAUACUUUUGGGCACUACUGCAACAUUGGUAGUAAAUUGGGUUUUAAUUUGAAGCAGCAUCAAGAGCAAGGUAGUUUGAAAGUUAUUGAAGGAUUGAAGCUUUUUUGUGAGAUUUUUACAACAGAUGCUUCUGAUAUUGAUAGUCAUCCCUUUAGUUUUAUUCAAAGAACUUAUGAAAACCAGUUAUGUAGUAUCUAUCACCUCAUAAAGAAAAAUGUACUGCCAUGGAAAGAAGUAGGUGAAAAGGUUCAAAUUAUUGUUGAGAAUGUUACUUCUUUCCUAAGUCUUGGAGUCAAAACUGAAGAGAUUGUUCUUUUUGGUCAUUACUGUAGGAACCUUGUAAAAAAUUCCUCAAGCACAACCUCAGGUUCCUUGGUGAUGGUUACAACAGCUGAUAAGGAUGAUGAUGCAGCCACACAGGUCACAAAUUCUCUGAUGCAUUUGGCUUCAGCUCAUAUUUCUCUCAGAGGACUACAGACUGGUUCAGCAAGGGAGGUUCAUGGAGACUUGAGACUUAAAUGGUUUGAGAGCAGGACCCCCACCCAGUGUUUGCCCACUGCCUUACAUAUGCAAUACAAAAUGGAGGAGAGAAAUAUGAAGUUAUUUGCCCCUGGAAUGUCUGCAAAUGUCUUAUGAAAUUGUCUGUAUGGAAAUUUUCAGGAAAACCAUGAUGGAUACAUCCUGGAUUAAGCCCAAGAAUAGAGAUACUGUUUAGGAAAUUUAGUUACAAUAUAGUUUUUACAUUCAUAUGACAUGCAUAAUUCUUAUUCAGUUUUACUUUGAAAUCCUAUUUAUUAAACUUCACUGUGUAUUGUUUAUAUCUAUAUUUAUUUAUUUACUUAUUUGUUUUAUGCAUGAUUAUUUGUUUAUUAUUUUAUGCAUGUAAGGUGCAGUAGUAAAGCAUGCAGGUACAGAAGAAAGUGUUGAGUAGUACAAAGCCCUCAAGGCCAAUGUUUUUGAAUAAUUGAUUUAGCAUGUUGCUGGAUGAAGGGUGUGCCAAGGCACUAAGUGAGAUUAAGAAAUCGAAGCCACACCAAGGUGAAUUUCCAUUUACACAUAAAGAAAAGUUAAAUGAAUGGUUAAGGAAUAUUACCCAGAGAUUGAAAUGAAUCAUCACUUCCAGUGAUCUGGAAUGGAGCAUAAAGUUUCCUUUAGAAAUGCAUGAAGAUAUCCUUUUCCCAUUCUCUGCUGUUCUAAGGCAGAAAUUAUGGAAGAGACCAUAGUCACUGUGCAGUGUGCAUGCCCAAGACCAUCUUUGAUAGAUGGCUGAAUUAGCAUUGUCUGCCACCAUCCCGCUCCCCUCAAACUCAGGAGUGUUUGUAUGAAAGGAAUCUGAGGCAGUUAUUAGGCAAGAAUUGUCCUGGUCUCUGAAAGUAACACUGUCCUCAUGUUAAUCCUGUCUUACACAUUCUCAAAUUGAUUUUGCUUUACAGUUUCUUAAGGUCCAUGAAUAGAGCAUAAACUUUCUUCUCAUUUCUCUGCUGCAUCUGUUACUCUCCUAAGUGCUUACUGCUCUACACUAUUCCUUUUCUAUGUUGAAUUUUACACUUUCAAAUAAUAUUUGAUGAUAAAUAUUUUCAGCCACACCCACAUCCCUCCAUAAUCUCUUGAUAUUCACUUGUACAGCUCUUACCCUUGCAGACUGGGAUAAUAAUGGCCAUUAUCAUGUUUUGUACACUUCCUUCUUCACAUUAUUCCAUCCAUAACUCCAUUUGCAGUCCUCCCCUUAACACAUUUUUCUCUCCCACCUGUUGGUGUACCCUCCUCUCACCAAAACAUGCCUUUCAGAAAUUUUCUCACCUUCUCAUUAAACUCUAUAAAUUCCUGAUCCACCAUCAAUCCACAACUUUUCACUUUUAGUAUAACACCCAUUUUUUCCUUGCAUUCCUUCCUAUUUUCAUUACCUCCUGUCGAAUAAUACAUUCUUUUUUAGUUUCAAAAAUCCCUUCAACAUUUACAGGUUUUCAUAUUCCCUCAUUCAUCAUGCAACUCUCCUUAUUAUUAUCACUCAUUUACCCCUAUAACUUUUUACCUUAAUUAUCCUUCUCUGUUUAUUUCCUUUAUAUAACUUAUGUUUUUCCUUUAGUUUUAUUUAUUUGUAGUAUCUAACAACAAUCCCUCAAAUACUUUAUCUUUUACAACUCUUGUAUCCACCACUUCUAUGUUGAUCAUCUGGUCAGUCUUCUUUAUAUGGCUACUUUUGCAGUGGGAUUAUAAACAAAUUAAAAUGUU